AUGAGUGAAGAUUAUGUUUGGAAGAUUGCUGCAAUUGAUCGAGCAUCGAAAAUGAAGUUGACCAAAUCAAAAAAAGAAGUCAUUUCGGGUUUUUAUUUUCAUGUAUUUAAGAUACUUCAAGAAAAGAUGAAAUUUAGAUACGAAAUUGUUCAACCUGUUCCGAAAGAAUUCUUAGAGAAGAAAAAUGGAACAUAUUAUGGAAUUAGUGGGCAAGUAAUUAACAAGGAAGCAGAUAUGACAGCAAUUCCUUUGUUUAUGACAAGUAAUGAGUCUGAAUUAGCAGAUUUCACUUCCCUGAUUAACGUACAUUCCAUAAGUUUCAUAAUUAAACAAAGAAAAGUCGAAACAUCUUGGCAAACCAUAACUCGCCCGUUUCCAAUUGAAGUAUGGAUAGCAAUUAUCAUAUCAACAAUAGUAGCCGGUUUUUUCAUUUCUCGAAUUCUUACGCUUGAAAACAACUUGCAUAAAUUUAAAAAUAUUUGGACUAUUCAAGAUGGAAUUUGGUUUACAUUCACAAAUAUGAGCCGACAAGGAUUUAAUAUCAAUCCCGUUAUCGGAUUUUCAUCCAGAUUAACAGUUGGAAUUUGGCUGCUUGGCGUGUCUGUACUGGGAUACGGUUAUGGAGGAAUAUUAAUGUCCUUUUUGACAGCUCCACAGUACGAAUGGAUACCGAACAAUUUUCACGAGUUAUCUUCUGCCGUGGAAAGAGGAGAGUUUUCUUGUGGCACAUUUUCUAACGGUAGAGACUUAUUGUUUCAGGGAGCCGAAACUGGAAUUGCAAAUACAUUAAGAAAUCAUAUUGAUGUAAACCAAAAUUACAUGCAAGUGUUUGAUGCCACUACGAAAAUUAAAAACGAACAUUUCGCAUUUAUUGGUGCUAAACCUGGCUUAAUACGCAAACUGAAAAGACAUUUAAAAGACAGAAUUAUAAUAAGCGAUGAUUCUCUGCUCUCAUUUAACCUUGCAUUUCUUGUAAGAAAGCAAUUUCCUUUCAAAAAGGAGAUUAACAGGAAAAUAUCUCAUUUGUUCGAAUCCGGAAUAAUUAGUUAUCAGGAAAGCAAACUGGAUCCUCCAGAGAAUUCGAUCGACGAAGACAUUCUUGCUCCAUUAAACAUGACAGAACUGUUCGGAAGCUUUAUUCUUUUAAUAAUUGGCUGUUUAUUCUCUCUUCUUUGUUUCAUUGGAGAAGUGUUGACCAGAAAAACAAAAGAAGCAGAUAUGACAGCAAUUCCUUUGUUUAUGACAAGUAAUGAGUCUGAAUUAGCAGAUUUCACUUCCCUGAUUAACGUACAUUCCAUAAGUUUCAUAAUUAAACAAAGAAAAGUCGAAACAUCUUGGCAAACCAUAACUCGCCCGUUUCCAAUUGAAAGGGAACACACAACCAGAGAGGAAUAA